AUGGGGUCCAGCAGCUUCUUGGUCCUCAUGGUGUCUCUCGCUCUUGUGACCCUGGUGGCUGCUGCGGAAGGAGUUAAAGGGGGUGAGCAGGCAUGUAUAGAAAAAGCAGGGGUUUGCCCAGCUGACAACGUACGCUGCUUCAAGUCCGAUCCUCCCCAGUGUCACACAGACCAGGACUGUCUGGGGGAAAGGAAGUGUUGUUACCUGCACUGUGGCUUCAAGUGUGUGAUUCCUGUGAAGAAACUGGAAGAAGGAGGAAACAAGGAUGAAGACGUGUCAGGGCCAUGCCCAGAGCCAGGAUGGGAGGCCAAGUCUCCAGGCUCCUCCUCCACUAGGUGUCCUCAGAAAUGAUGCCGGGUCCU